ACCACCAACAUCAUCUCCACCGUCACUGUAGCCGCGACGACCACCGUGACCCGUCCGCGCGAGUAACCGUUGCACGGUCAGCGGCCACCAAACCACGCUAGCAGGUCUGCUAUAACGCAUUCCCGUCGAUUCACUAACGUUGAAGCUCAGCACCCACGACUCAACCGGUUUCGACUUGCCACACGCAAUUGUCAUCUCCGUCUCCGCUUUCACACAUCCGAUCGACCACAUUACCUCCACGUUGUAUUAGCGUCCUCGCAAACGGGCGCUAGAACAGACAGUCAAUCAAAGUAACUCGAAUAAUCAAGGAUUACAGGGAUUUAAACAAAAGGACCAAAAUGGACGCCAAAUCAAAAGAAGAUUCAAACAUCAGCCUAACACUUCGGCUAAUUAUGCAAGGAAAGGAAGUUGGUAGUAUAAUAGGUAAAAAAGGAGAGAUUGUCAAGCGGUUCAGAGAAGAGUCUGGUGCCAAAAUCAAUAUAUCUGACGGUUCUUGUCCUGAAAGGAUAGUGACAAUAUCAGGAUCUACCGAAGCCAUCUACAAAGCGUUUUCUUUAAUAUGCACAAAAGUUGAAGAGUUUAUUGAAAUGCAAAAUGGUAAAACUGGUGCAACAGCAAUAGGAAAGUGUGGUAUGACACUACGGUUAAUUGUCCCAGCAUCACAGUGUGGAUCUUUGAUUGGCAAGGGGGGUAAUAAAAUAAAAGAAAUAAGAGAAGCCACUGGUGCACAAAUACAGGUGGCCUCAGAUGUACUUCCUCAGUCUACAGAAAGAGCAGUUACAUUAACUGGUACAAGAGAUUCUAUAACACAGUGCAUAUUUCAUAUUUGCGCAGUUAUGGUCGAAUCUCCGCCGAAAGGUGUUACAAUUCCAUAUCGUGCUAAACCUCAAAUGGGAGCACCAGUUAUUUUGGCUGGCGGACAAGCAUUUACUCUGGCGAGUGCAGGAUCUGCAGCUGGGUGUGAUGUGGGUACCAUGAUGGUAGGUGGAGGACCAUAUAAUGCACCAAUGCUUAUGGUUCCACCAACUCCUGGUGCAGCAGCAAGUCUAGGCUUGAUUGAUCCAUUGGACUAUCCUCUUCUGAAAAACGCAUUUGGACCUUCACAAUUGGGAAAAUUGGCUGGAAAUCCGUUGGCUGGACUUGCUGCACUUGGACUCGGAAGUUUGGGAGGACCUGCAAAUUCAUUUAAUCCCGCUGCAUUGGCAGCAUUAGCUGGUAGCCAAUUGAGGUCUAAUGGUUCUGGAGCCAAUAUCAAUAACAGAUCCGGAGGUGGUCAACAAACUCAUGAAAUGACUGUACCGAAUGACUUGAUUGGCUGCAUCAUUGGCAAAGGUGGAACUAAAAUUGCAGAAAUCAGACAAAUCAGUGGUGCGAUGAUACGAAUCUCAAACUGCGAAGACCGCGAGGGUAGUGCGAGUACGGAUAGGACUAUAACGAUAACCGGAAAUCCCGACUCAGUGGCAUUAGCUCAGUACUUGAUCAAUAUGAGCUUGGACAUACAGCGAGCAACGAUGCUGCAAUCGGAAAUCCAACACCAUCACCAACACCACCAGCAGCAGCAACAGCUAGUGUUGCCGCCACACCAGUACCCGUUCCCCGUACACGUGCUUACCACCAACACCACCACCACAUCCACAGCCACAAACACCCAGACCACAAAUCCACCGGCCGCCACCCACUCACUGCAGCCGUCCCACCACCAGUACGUGACCGCAGCCGACAUACCCAUCCAGCACCAUUUCCACAGUUCCGCGGCGGCCCUGUUGUCGCCACAGCCGGCCGUCGCCAAACACAAACCGGACCGCGUCAAGUUCAUGCCUUACUGAAAAAAUAAAUAAAUAAAUAUAUAUUGCUGCCCAGUCCCAAGAUCGAUUUCAAACGCUCCCCGCCGUCUUCUGAAAACUAUAACCACCACUCACAAAACAUCCCCUUCAUCUCAAAACCACAAGACGAGUCUCCGUAUCGACGAAACAGAAUGCGUAUACGACGUAUGUCGACGAUGGUCAUACCGAAAAUUCCGGGAAACGCGUUCGUCUCGGUCGCGUUUUAUGAUAACAUUUCGUCAAAUUUCUAAUUCACUUGGCCGCAAAUGAACAGAAUAGAAAUGGGAUUGAUGGUCUCCGCUGAUAGGUAUUUGCAACGUGGUGACCAAAUAUGGUUCCAGACUGCGCUCAAGUAAUUACAUGCAUUUCUUAUACGAAAUCGCGCCCGACCAGUACCGCCGCGAUGAAUUAUAUUUGAAAUAUUCAACUUAAGAUUCCACUUAAAUAACAUUAUUUACGACCACGACUUCAAAUGUUUCCGUCACAUUAAUGUCAUCGUUCAUUUAUUCAUCGAAUCAUUCAGUUAAAACUAUAUUUAUCGAGUCAUAGAUUAUCCCAUAAUUUCGUACGAGUAAUAUUUUCUUCCCCUAUGUGUUACGUAAGAACUAAAUUUCAGACUUGGAAGACUACGACGGUAAGAAUACAAUCGUACAAUAGGACGUGGAUGGAUAAAGAUACUUAUUCAUUCGAAAACGUAGAUAUGUAUAAGUUAUUUUGCGAGUACUUUUGUGGAUGGUAAUUAACAAAACAUUAUAUUAUAAUAAAAUGGAUAAUUUCUGUUUAUGACAUUGUGAUUUCAUUAGGUAC